AUGAUGACAUUAGGAUCUCCAGCCCAUGAGAAAGCCAGGCAAUGCUGUGUUCUCAAACAGGUGAAUUCCAGUGAUUUUUUUUUUUUUUCGCCAAAGAGCUUACACACUCAUCUCAGGAAGAUGAGACUAAGCCAGAAGACUGCAUACCAGAUGUUCCAGACAAUGAACAUGCCAGGGAACUUCUGGUCCACGCACCAACCAAAGGACUUUGGAUGCCACUGUGGAAAGAAGUCAGAGUCAUGCAGUGUGAGCGUGGAAGAGUUUCAAGUAACACCCUCAAUACACACAAGUUAUAGACCACUGUUUACAAAUGAGUUCACUUUUAAUUCAUUCUCACACCGCGUUGUUAAAGUCAGGGCAUGA